AUGACGUACGUGACUCUUCUGGUUUCCAUCAGCUGUUUCUGGAUAGUUAUCCAGGCACAGUAUGCAGCUCGGGAUGUGAAAAUCACCAAUGACGAAACAAAUCAUUCCCUUUUGAUAGUUGAUAAUCCUCUGGUCAAAGGUAUCGGCCGGGACAGUUGGUACAGACGUGUCCAAUGGAACAAUAGUACUGGCGGGCCGAUAAUGUUCAGAUAUAAAUUGGAGCGAUAUACAUUCGAUAUAUUUGGAAAUGACUGGUGGGAAGAGGUAAGUCGAGGUGGAUCUGAACUCUGUAAUCAUAGGGGGUAUGGUGAGGAGGAAUCCUGGUCUUAUCUGGUACGACUUCUUUUGGGAAUCACAGAGUGUCCAAUACAAGAGGGAACGAGAUACCUCAGUUGGAAUCUUCUUGACAAGAACUUCAAGAUGGACCUGGACUUCGAUGAUAGGCCGGAUUUUGCAUACAAACACCGGGUCUUCUUUGACGUGGUGGGAGGCGGUUUCAAGAUUCUCACCGGUCAACUGAUAAUUCCAAGUCACGACUGAAUUAAAAUUAUGUGAUUUAUAUAGUUAGUUAUAAUAUAAAAUGUCACAAUUUAUAUCAUUUUCGAGCACAACAAUAUCUAAUUUAUUUUUUUUAGCUUUGGGGAUUAAUGAGCUUUCACAUCUCCCAAAUUUCAUGAUUAGGAGGACAACGGAACAUUUUUAAUGAGCAACAACUCGAAAAUGUCACAGAUAACUUGAUACGAAAAUAAAAUCCCAUAUUUUUUAUCUUUUGAUUUGAUAAAUGGUUUAUUCAAUAAUUCUCUGAGACAAAUUGCAAAGAAAAUGCAUUACUCGUCACUCCGGAAUAAAUCCGAAUUAUACAAUAGAAAA